AUGGAAAGGCUCUGCUCACUUAUCAGCGCCUAUCUGAUAGAGGAGAUGGAUCACUCGGCUUUGGCAUUGUCGGAAUAUGUCUAUAGAAGAAAGGAAACAGAUGAAAUCAUAAUGCUGCUGCUUAAAUCUAUGUAUAGGCUAUCGUAUCACGAAAGAUGUAUCGAGACAAUAGAGCUUAACAGCUCGGUGAUGAGGAUCCAUGAGGCUAGAGUUAUAUACUAUCGAUGCAAAUUCCUGACUGGAAAGAAGAGCAAAGAUCUCCCUACAGGAGUAGAGUGUGACAAAGAGAUAAAAGGAUAUCCUCCAGCAGAAAUAUCCAAGAAAAGCAUCAGGUUACUUUUUGAGGGACUAACUAAAGAAGAUGUUAAGAAGAAAGAAAUUCUCCUGGAAGCUUACAGAUGUGAUAAUAAUAACUUGGAAGCAUUGUUGAGAAUGAAAAACGAUUCUCUUGUGAACAACAAAGAGUUUCUUAUGCUAAUUGAUGAGUGUAAAGAUAAAGUCAUGAAAGAAGUUUACAUGGAGGUGUUUUAUCCGUGCUUUGAACCGGACUUUCAUUUUCUGCCUUUCUAUUCUCCAUGGCAUGGAGUCAAUCUAGCCAAAAAAUACUAUAGAAGCGGGAAGGACAUACUUCUCUUUAACCUUGGUGUUUCGAUGGUUAGAUUGUAUCCCAAUUCAGAGCAUUCAUUUGCUGCAUUGGGGCUAUUUUUCUUGAUGUCACUUAAUUAUCCUGAAGCCAGGAGAUGUUUCUACAAGGCUGCGCAGAUAAACAACGAGUAUGGAAGAGGCUGGCUAUAUCUUGGAAUGGCGUAUUCUGGGAUGAAGGAAUGUGAAAGCAGCAUAACAUGCCUGAAAAUAGCACACAAAGCGAUGAUCGGAUCGUAUAAGCCCUCUUUUUACCUGGCAAUCGAAUACCAUCGAAUGAAUAACUUCGAAAGGGCUUCAUUCUUUUAUAAACACGCUCUUGGAAUAAACCCAUCGGUUCAGGUCCAGGAAAGAUACAUAUCACUUCUUAUAUACUACGAAUACUAUCCAGAAGCUUUGAGUUAUCUGGCUGCUCAAAAAAACAACUUGCUGGGAUUGUUGAGAGUCUACUGCAACCUAUUUUUAGGAAAAGUUACCGAGGCACAGAAACACCUUUCGGUUUGCAAAGUGGACUGGAGAUACUAUGCCACUGCUGGAUUUAUAGAUCAUCUUUUGAACAACCUUGAUUCCGCAGCAGACAACUACAGCAAAGCCCUUCUCAAGACUCAUGUAAACUUAGUCGAGGAACUUCUUGGGCUUGCAGUGGAGAACAUGACGUGCAAACAGACUAAUAACGUCUACGACUAUGCUACCGAUCUAUUUGACAAUAUGAUGCCCAAAUAUUCUUUCGAAACCAUCUGA